CGGGCUGCGUCACGUGUUUUUCUCCCGUACAAAUUUUCCAGUAGGAGAACGAAUAGGAGCACACCCAUAUCAGCAAUUAUCAGCGACAGCAACUAUCUCCAGAUAUACGGAAAGGAAGAGGAGCGUCGCGCAGUAGUCCGGGAUCCUCUCUACCAGCAACAAAAAAAACUUUGGUUAACUUUGGUCGUUACGCGCAACUUUUACGCACCGAAUCCGAGACAUUCGCUGAAGCUCCAUCUUCCGUCUCUAUGUGCGUGGAGUGACACCGCUUGCCCACCGCGCUCCUAUAUUGAGGUUUGGGGACCCGCUCAAGGACCGGACCGCUUUAUCACCCGACCGUCCUUAUCUGGGAAGGAUUCUCCAUUUUUAAAAAAGACAUUUGCACAAGAAGAAAGUUCCUCAGGAGAGGGGGAAAGAAUCUUUACGCGUGGCUUCCACCUCCUCCUCAUCCUCCUCAGGACUCCACACAGGACGUAAAAAAAUAAAUUUGGUAAAAUGUAUCAAAGUCUGGCCCUUACGUCCAACCAGUCCCCUUACGCGCACGACACCGGGAAUUACAUGCACCCCACGGCCAGCUCUCCGGUCUACGUGCCCACCACCAGAGUUCCAGGCAUGCUGCCCACCCUGCCCUACCUGCAGACCUGCGACUCGCCCCAUCAGUCCCACGGCCUCGGCGGACACCACGGCUGGCCCCAGACCGGCGCCGACGGCUCAUCCUUCGCAUCCAGCAGCCCCCACCCCACGCACGGAUUCUCCUACUCCCACAGCCCGCCGGUCAGCACCAACACGGGCCGGGACUCGACCUACCAGAGUCCGCUGGUUUUCGGUAACGGCACCCGGGCCGAUCAGUACGGAGGCGCUCUGGUGCGCUCGGUGGGGGGCUCCUACUCCAGCCCUUACGCGUACAUGAGCCCGGAGAUGGCGACGUCCUCCUGGACGCCGGGACCGUUCGAGAGCGGGGUGAUCAGUCUGCAGGGCCGCCAGGGAGGUCUGUCCGGGAGAAGGUCCAGUCUGGAGCUGAUGGACGACAUGUCCACCGAGGGCAGAGAGUGCGUCAACUGCGGCUCCGUGUCCACGCCGCUGUGGCGCAGGGACGGGACGGGCCACUACCUGUGCAACGCCUGCGGCCUCUACCACAAGAUGAACGGCAUCAACAGGCCGCUCAUCAAGCCGCAGAAGAGACUGACCACGUCCCGCCGGGCCGGUUUGUGCUGCACCAACUGCCACACCAGCACCACCACGCUGUGGAGGCGCAACGCUGAGGGGGAGCCCGUCUGCAACGCCUGUGGCCUCUACAUGAAGCUGCACGGGGUGCCCAGACCUUUGGCCAUGAAGAAAGAGAGCAUUCAGACCAGAAAGCGUAAACCCAAGAUGCCCAAGAAUAAAACCUCCACAGGAUCCGUGACCUCUGACACCAGCUCCCCUCCCUCCCUCUCAGCCUCAGAACACGCCUCCACCAUCAAGAGUGAACCCAACAUGGUGCCGUCACCCUACGCCGGACAGACCGUCACAUCCGCCACCCAGACGUCUUCUCAGUUGGACAGCACAGGAUCGGGACACGUGGACAUUAAAUACGAGGACUAUCCCUUCACUCCGACCUCCUUGGCCCAGAAUUCCUGGUGCGCUCUGUCCCAAGCGUGAGCGGCCUCUGCUAACGGGAACCGCCACCUCCCACCCCCCCCACACACACACACUGACUCACUUUGCCUCCAUUAGCGAGGCCCCUCCCUCCGUCACUGUGAUUCCUGAGCUGUGGACAAAAAGCGAAGCAGCGUCCUCGAAGGAGAGCGACGUAGCAUCCGAGGGCCACGCGAGAGAACUCUUUGCUGUAUUAUAAACUGUAACACACUGGCUCUGGAACCCAGACACCACGGACCAACAACGACAACGACGACAACAACAACAACAACACAGCUCAGAGCUAAGAAUCGACCCCUGAACGGAACCGAACACAGGGAAAGACGAGGGUCCAGUUCUGGCUCAUAAGUGACUUUUUGUAUCAUUUCUCACAUGUUACUGUCACAGAAAAAAAAGGAAACAAGAAAAUGGACAGAAAACACCUUUUUUUUUUAAUUUUAUGGCUGUUGAACGUGACUCAUUACCAACGCGUAGAUGAUUAACUUUUAUAGGGACAUUAUUUAUGUUGAGAUAAGAGACAGUUAAAAGUCACUGUGGACACUAAAACCCGGCCGGUUAUAACCCACUGCUCGGUGUUCCCCUCAUACACAUAAUGAGCUGUGAUGCUUGGAUCUCAUUAGGUUUUUUUUAAUGUUUAUUUUUCGACGAGUCAUUUGAAAUUCGGCUGCAUAUCAGAAGUUUUACCCUUUUAUCGCUUUUGACAUUAAUUCAAGUGCAAUUACUCAAAUGUUCUCGUCCAAAACUGAAGGCACAAGAAAAAAAAAUAUUAUAAAAAUAAUAACCUAACUUUGUGUAUUUUGUCGAUAUAUAAGGGAAUUUUAUUGUUUUAAUUUUCCUAAGAGCUUUUUCUUUCUGUUUCCUCCUUUUUUUUUUUUUUUUUUGAUGCCCUUGGAAUCUGUUCAGGUUUAAUAAACUGAUUCACAUUUUAUACAUUUGAAGCUUCGUUUGGUUUCCCAGUGGAUUUCACCAGUGUCCAAUCUUGUGUUUUGAGAUUUAUUUUCACGAUAUUAAAAUAAUGCAGUUUUUCUUUGACUUUCCACCUUGGCCCUGUCACAUGCUCCAUUACUCCACCACUCAAAUAUGUUCUUUUAAACAGGGUUACCAUAAAAUGUGUAUUUGCCAGUAAUUUAAAAAAAAAAUUAUUAAAGAAUGUUUUAGCCAUUUUUACUACUGCCUCGUGAAGCGAUAUUGAUGCAUAUUUCAAAUGUUAAUCCAUUAGCUACUUAAACCAACUAGCUAAACCGGGAAUCCUAGAUUGGUAGCAAAGAUUUCUACAAUGUAAUGUCAUUUAAUUAAAAACUAGAAACAUAAAAUAAGUGACCGCAUAAAUAUCCACCUCGUUCUGUGGGGUCUCCAUCAAACUUGCACAUCUGGACACAUUCUU